AGACCACGAGUUGUAACAAGUCUCAACUCUGCCCUCAAACUCGUGUUGUAAUCUGGGGAGGAGAGGAUUGUAACAAGAGAAUGACGUCGACGAAGAGGACGGCGCCAUGGCACAGGCUCUCGGAAGCCGAGGCUGCCGUGAACCGCGCCGUCGCGGCGAGCCGCGUGGGAAAGUACUUCAAGCUGGAUGCCCGCAAGAGCUCCUUCACCAAGGAGCUUCGUGCUGGCGCCGCCACGUUCCUCACCAUGGCCUACAUCAUCUCCGUCAACGCAGCCAUCCUGACCGACUCCGGCGGGCCGUGCACGGUGCAAGACUGCACGCCGCUGGCGAACUCGACGGCCGCGCCCGGGCCGGAGUGCACGGUCGGGCCUAACCCGGGGUACGAGCAGUGCCUGGCGAGCACCAAGAGCGACCUGAUCGUGGCCACGGCGGUGGCCGCCAUGGCCGCCUCCUUCGCCAUGGGCCUGUUCGCCAACCUCCCGCUCGCGCUGGCCCCCGGCAUGGGCGCUAACGCGUACUUCGCCUACAAUAUGGUCGGGUUCCACGGCUCGGGUCCCAUUACCUACGGCACGGCGCUCGCCGCCGUGAUGCUGGAGGGCAUCGUCUUCUUCGCGCUGUCGGCCGUCGGCCUCCGGUCCAAGCUGGCGCGGAUGAUCCCGCGGAACAUCCGGCUUGCCUCGGCGGUCGGCAUCGGCCUGUUCCUGGCCUUCACCGGCCUGCAGGCGCACCAGGGCGUCGGGCUCGUCGGUGCCAGCCCGUCGACGCUGGUCACGCUGACCGCCUGCUCCGAGGUGGACCCCACCACCGGCGCGUGCCUCGGUGGCACGAUGCGCAGCCCGACGUUCUGGCUCGGUGCCGUCGGCUUCCUGAUCACGGCGACAUGCCUGGCAAGGAACGUGAAGGGGAGCAUGAUCUACGGCAUCCUGUUCGUGACGGUGGUGUCGUGGAUCAGGGGCACUAGCGUGACGGUGUUCCCGGACACGCCGGCGGGCAAUGCCGGCUUCUCCUACUUCAAGAAGGUGGUGGACUUCCACAUGAUCAAGGGCACGGCGGGGCAGCUGAACUUCGGCGGCUUCCGCCACGGCAACGUGUGGCUGGCCCUGCUGACGCUCCUCUACGUGGACGUCCUCGACACGACAGGCACAUUGUACUCCAUGGCCGAGUACGGCGGGUUCACGGACGAGGCCGGCGGGUUCGAGGGCGAGUACCGCGCGUUCCUCGUGGACGCCGGGUCGACGGUCCUCAGCGCGGGGCUCGGGAGCUCCACCAUGACUACCUACAUCGAGUCGACGGCGGGGAUCCGGGAGGGCGGGAGGACGGGGCUGACUGCCAUCGCCGUGGCCGCAUGCUUCCUGGCGUCCCUCUUCUUCGGUCCGCUGUUGAUGAGUGUGCCGCCAUGGGCCGUGGGCCCGUCGCUGGUGCUGGUGGGCGUGAUGAUGAUGCGCGUGGCGAGGGAGAUCGAGUGGGGCGACAUGAAGGAGGGCGUCCCGGCGUUCGUGACCAUGGCCCUGAUGCCGCUGUCCUUCUCCAUCGCCAACGGCAUCAUCGCCGGGCUGGGCGUGUACGUCGCGCUGCACUGGUACGACUGGGCGCGGCAAGGGUGCGGCAAGGUUAGGGACGCGCUGGACGAGCGGCGGAACCAGGUGGCCGCCGCCGCGAGCGAGGUUGGCCCGGCGGCGGUGCAGGGCGUGGUGUGAGCUAGCUAGCUCCGUUCGUUGUGCGCGAGAUUGUAGACGUACUGUCACGUGUUGUUCAUCAGUAGGUGGAUUAGCUCUUUUAGCAUGUUCACCACUUUGGGACUUAAUUUGGUGCGCGGCGGGUGUGGGGGGUUGGGGGGUGGUGGGGUGGUCUGAAAUGGAGGAUUACUGGAUUAGGAGCUCUGUGUAUGGGUAAAGUUGUCUGUACUUUGACCGUCAUUGCAGCGUUCUCAUUGAUUUCCUCGCAUCA